AGUCUGCCUCAGGCACACAGCUCUCUGCUAGGCUCUAGCCAGGGUGUGACCAACGACGUCCUCCAGAGCAGGCUGCUUAAUACCGCCUGUAAUUAACACUCCCGCUGUAAUAGCUCUAAUGAUACCUAUACCAUUUACCUUGUGACGACGGCGAGCGUGAUCUCCAUCCUACUCCUUCCACACCAAACAUCUUUAUACACUGGCAAACAACAUCGAGAGCAGCUCCAAAGCUAUCCUACAGACUACAGUUCUGCCUUACCUGUUCGAUAGCUCGUACUGAACAUGCGCCUUCUGCUUCAAACAUACCACUAAGUUCACCUGUACACUCACUUGGGCCUCGGCGAUUCCUUCCUGCUCAGCCACUAAGCUAAACCUUGUCGUUAUUCACACAUGGAGGAUUUGGGUCGAUACAGCAAACGCAUCGUCCAGCGGCUCUGGAAUCCUGCGCCAAAGUAUGAUGACCAGUCACCCAUCUGGUGCCUGGGGCAGAUUUACAGAACCGAUGAGUUCAAAUCCGAACUUCCUGAGCCUGUGCAGGCCUCGACACCAGGCUCUACGGUAUCCUACACCUCUCAGACCUCGUCAUUUGUCGCCGUCGAUAACGAAUCAUACGAAGAUGAAAGAGCAAACCCUCUUAAGGAUAACACCCAAAAUGAUGAUGAUGGGGGUUGGCCGACAGCCUUUCUGGACGACUUCGAAGCUAAAAUAUGGCUAACGUAUCGCUCGAACUUCCAACCUAUCCCGAAGUCUCAAGACCCGAAAGCAUUGGCUAGCAUGAGCCUGGCUGUACGAAUAAAGAACCUGAAUCAAGAUGGGUUUACGUCGGAUACAGGCUGGGGAUGUAUGAUCCGGUCAGGUCAAAGCAUAUUGGCUAAUGCACUCCUGAUACUGAACCUUGGAAGAAAAUGGAGAAGAGGUGCCACGCCAAAUGAAGAACGGAAGCUCCUCUCGUUGUUCGCAGAUGAUCCGAGUGCACCAUUCUCCGUGCAUCGAUUUGUAGAGUACGGUGCAGCUGCUUGCGGCAAGCACCCCGGAGAAUGGUUUGGUCCAUCAGCUGCAGCACGAUCUAUACAACAUCUGGCCAACAGCUACACAGAGUGCCAGUUGCGCGUGUAUAUCACCUGCGAUAGUGCCGAUGUAUACGAAGAUAGCUUCUUCAACGUUGCUAAGUCUGCAGGUGCAUUUCAUCCUACGCUCGUUCUGGUCAGCAUACGACUAGGAAUAGACCGAGUAACACCAGUAUAUUGGGAGGCACUCAAGAACGCUCUACAGAUGCCACAGUCCAUCGGUAUUGCAGGGUAUGCGAAACAAUCCAUCGUGCUUGGCCGAAUUUCCCCUUUCCUGACACAUCACAGAGGUCGCCCUGCCGCAUCCCACUACUUCGUCGGCAUGCAAAGCCAGACAUUGUUCUACCUUGAUCCUCAUCACACGCGGCCGCUCCUACCUUUCCAUGUCGAUCCUUCGCAAUAUACACGGGAAGAUGUGGAUUCCUGUCACACUCGGCGGAUCCGGCGACUAAAUGUCCCAGAAAUGGAUCCUUCCAUGCUCAUCGCCUUCCUUAUCAAAGACGAAGACGACUGGAAACUAUGGCGCCAUGACAUCGCCUGCGUCCAAGGGAAACCGAUCGUACACGUAGCUGACACUGAGCCUCCGACGCUAUGGACUGGUGAUGAACGUGAACGUGCGAUUGACGAUGUUCAAACUUUUGACGAUACCGAUGAAGAGGGACUUUGAUAGAAAUCGACAAG